AUGUGGACCAACAACAGUGCUGCUCCCUUCUUGCUGACUGGCUUCCUGGGCUCCGAGGCGAUUCACCACUGGAUCUCUAUCUCCUUCUUUAUCAUUUACCUCUCCAUUCUUUUUGGCAAUGGCACACUUCUCUUCCUUAUUCAGAGUGACCACAGUCUUUAUGAGCCCAUGUACUACUUCCUGGCUAUGCUGGCAGGUACAGACCUUGGAAUAACUCUAACUACAAUGCCCACAGUCCUGGGAGUCCUGUUGUUGAACCAGAGGGAAAUUGCCCAGGGUGCCUGUUUUACUCAAUCCUACUUUAUUCACACUCUGGCCAUUGUAGAAUCGGGUGUUUUGCUUGCUAUGGCGUAUGACCGUUUUAUUGCCAUCCGCACCCCUCUGAGGUACAACUCCAUUCUUACCAAUUCCCACGUGAUAAAGGUAGGACUGGGAAUACUGAUGAGGGGCUUUGUGUCCAUUUUACCCCCAAUUCUGAAACUCUUGUGGUUCCCAUAUUGCCGUUCCCAUGUUCUUUCCCAUGCCUUUUGCCUCCACCAAGAUGUCAUGAAACUUGCCUGUGCUGAUAUUACAUUCAAUCGUGUAUACCCAGUCAUUCUGGUUGCUUUGACUUUCUUCCUAGAUGCUCUGAUUAUCCUCUUCUCUUAUAUUCUAAUCCUUAAGACAGUUAUGGGCAUCGCUUCUGCAGAGGAGCAAGCUAAGGCCCUCAACACCUGUGUCUCCCAUAUUAGCUGCGUCCUAGUCUUUUACAUCACUGUCAUUGGCCUGACUUUCAUCCACAGGUUUGGGAAACAUACACCACAUGUGAUCCACAUUACCAUGAGCUAUGUCCACUUUCUUUUUCCUCCAUUCAUGAACCCCGUUAUCUACAGCAUCAAGACCAAGCAGAUUCAGAGAAGCAUUGUUCGUCUGUUUUCUCUGCAAAGGGCUUGA